GCUCGUUUACUUCUACUAAUGGAAAGAUGGAAAACUUCAAGAACACCAGUGAAGAUCCGAUGAUUCGGAAGAGGUUCUCCGAAAACAUUAUGGACAUUUUGCGACCGCUGUCGGAAGCGGAAAUGCCAAAGCUGGACUGGGAGGACGCUGCGUCCGAGUACAGUACACUCUCGGAGCCGUUCUCCGACCUGGAUGAGUCCUACAUUCUAUUGGACCAACGGAAGAAGAAACCGGGAGAUGACGAAGGGGACGAGAUGCUGCUGAAUCAAUUUACGCCGGAAUUUCGGCGGGUCUACGACGAGAUGAUAGUUGCCAGGCAGGAGGGAAGGGAGGAAAGUGAACCGGAUUUUUUGACGGACGAAGGGGAGAGAGAUCCGGGACCGGAACAGGCACUGCUUCUGGACGAUCCGGGACAAUUUAGUCCGAAGUUUCAAGAGUUUAUCGAGGAUCUGUUGAAGAAGUGCGAACUUAACUCUCAUUUGGAGGAGAAGAAGAAGAGGGACGCUCAGAAGAAAAAGGAACGCCGCGUCCGGCGAGGCACCUCAAGCGAAUCUUUCGGCAUUCCGGACACGGACAGCCUGUCCGGCGUAUGGCGCAUGUUGGAUGCCGUCUCCGUUGACAACGGGUUCCCCAUAUCGCACAACUACUACAACCUGUACGACGAUCGGCGCUUCGAGUGGCUCACCCGCGACGAGGUCCCGUGGGAUGAAAUCGAAGCCUCGAAGAAAAAGUGCGAACAGUGGCUGAAAAUGAGCCCUUCCAAACCGGACACUACCAAGUAGAAGCAUUAUAAAUUAUAAUAAGCGAAAAAGGAAACUUGUAAGGAAUAUUGGACACAACAAC